AUGGAACUGUCGCGACAGGAAUACCCUGCCCUAGCGGGCAUCUUGCAACCCGGCCAAGCUAUUGCCGUUGUUACUGAGCGGUUGCGGACGGUUAACAAGCUUAACACUGAUGUUGCUGAUUGGCUCGCUGAACGACGCCGACUAGAGGAAGCGUACUAUCUCGGACUCCGGAAACUUGCGCGGAGACCACAACCAGAAGGGGGACAGGCAUUGGGGGUCUUUGAGAUACCAUGGCAGCGUAUACUUUCUGCUACGGAGUCCAUGGCUCAAUCGCAUGAAGCCUUAGCUAACGGAAUUGAGACGGAUGCUGAAAGGCCCCUCAGAGAAUAUGAAACCAAAAAUGCAAAUAUGAAGUCAAUGGCAUCAAUCCAGAAUGAUCUUGCAUCAUUAGCCAAGACUUUGGAGGCUGCCCAAAAGAAGCUUGAUAAGAUUAAAGAUAAAGGCCCUAAGCAUGCUUCAAAGGUGCCCAGUGCACAGGCUGCUGUGGACGAUGCCAAAUCUUUCCGUGCUGUUGAUGAACACCGUGUCAACAAUCUGCGAGAUAUUCUUACUCAAUACCAGACCCAUGAGACAGACCAUGUUGAACGCAGUCGUCAGGCUGUAGAGAGCUCUCUCAACUCCUUACUAAACAUAGAAGCGGGCGAAGAAGUCCGCACAUAUGUUAGCAAGAAGAGCGGAGGACGAUUGCCCUCUGAAGUUGCCCCGUCUACUCCCGCUACAGCUUCACCUCGACAGGAGACACCAACAAGCCCUAAACCAACACCCCCAGUUACGGAGCCACUGCCAUCUCCUCCUCCAAUUCAUGACGACAAUGCAAGUCAGCGCUCUGGUACAUCUGCCCAACGUCGUCCCAGUCUCCAACAAGCGCCUGAACCUCGCCAUACUGCCUUUGGCGGUCUAAAGCGACUUGGGACAGUUAUGGGGAGACGUAAGAGUAUGAUAGUUCCUUCUACCGGGCCACCUGAGAAGAAGUUUCGAUCUCCCUUCACAACAUUCCGCCGCACCGAUCCAUCCCGCAAUUUUCAACAGAUGGACGAAUCAGAAGGGCACAACGGUUUAGAGGCGGUUACUUCAAUGGAAUCUCAAAGGCCAUCGUCGUCUGCCCUAAACGAAUCGGUAUUCAUCGACUCACCCCCUCUACCAGUGUCGAAUGAUAUCCCCGAGGAGCCAGCAGCAGAAGAAUCCGCCACAAUGAACGGGCAGUCAACCGAAGCACCCGGACAAACACCGCAAGUUGACGCCGAUGGCUACUCUCAGAGGCCGGAUAUUGAGGAUGAAAUCACACGAAUCCAGCGAGAAGCCGCUGCUGUUGAUGAUUCGGGUAUAAACUUAACUAUUCGAGAUCAGCCUAUCCCAGAGGAUGAAAGUGAGGCUAAACAAGCAUUGAAUCAAGUGGCAAACACGUUACGACUUAAAGCAAAACAAUCCGGCGCUGCUCGCGGUCCCGGGACAGUUAGAGGUCGCCGUGAUGUACGAAAUACCGUUUUCUUUCCUCAAGCCCCUCUCCCAGGCGCUGGCCAUAAUGAUGAGAACCCUCUCCCUGCCUUGAAUCUCGCGACAUCGAUAAAUUCAGAGACGCCCGAGAUGCCAAGGAACGAGGCAUUACCAGGAAAAGCUAUACAGGAGGACCAUAUGCCGGAUAAUACCUCUAUUCAUUCCUCACAGACUCUACACAGCUUAUCGGGGCCAAUCACACAUCCUGAACUAUCUGAACCGGGUCUUAAUGUUUCCAUUGUGGAAAAACUAACCGUCAUGUUAUCAGAGGGGAUGGUUACCAAAUCACUUGUUGUUGGAGAGCUUGCCCUUGCAUACAAUAACAAUACAUCUGAAGAAGAUAUCCCGGACUCGCAGGUUAUCCGCUUAAACAACUUUGACAUCCUAGAACGAGUUGCUGCGAAUCCAAAAUUUGUUACGGAGAAGACCUCUACAACAUCCGAGGCGGACGUGCCACAUGAUCACUCAAAAAAGGGCCAAUAUCAAGUACGUCUAGCACAAAUCACAGGUCCUACGCCAACAGUUGCCUUCAAAUAUCAGAUCCAUCUGGAUACUUCGAACUUAUCUUCAUACUGUCCUGUUAUCUUCACACCCGUCUGGAACGAAGAAGAAUUCCAGGCAAGUGUUAUUGUACAGUAUUCGCUGAACCCCGAAUUUAUAUCAUCCGACUCUAGUGCAUCUGUUGUUCUUCACAACCUGGUGCUAUCCGUGGGCCUGGACAUAUCUCAAUUUGACGAAAUGACCAUGCGUCCUCGAGAAGUUGCUAAAGCAGUGGGUGCAGCUAUGCAUCCAAGCACCGGGGCUGUUUUUCGGCGCAAGAACUCAUCCGUCACAUGGAAGAUUCCCGAACUAGAGAUUAAACCUGGCCAGGAUGGGAAAUUCCUUGCUAGAUUUACAACAUCGACUAGCUGGCCGAAGCGGGGUAAGAUUGAAGCCAAAUUUGAAGCCACAUGCAGCGACAAUGCUUCAAGGCUUGGUAUGAGUGUGCUUACCUCUCAAUCGAUUGCACAACCGGAAAACAAGGACAAAGAAGAUGACCCGUUCGCGGAUGACGACCUCAAUCCUGCUAAAGGAGACUCCUCCGUAGAAUCCUGGACAGAGCCUUUGAUUGAACGCAAACUCGCUAUAGCGAAGUACGUUUCGACAUAG